AUGAUGCAACUAGCAUCAGCCUUUGAGGACCCCCCUCAUCCAUCGACCUUACCACCAAAGGUAUUCCCCAAAGCAAUCCCAUGGCCAGAUCACAUCCCCAUCCGCCAUCGCCCAUGGACCGCUCAACUCGAAGAUCUUGACGCAAAGAACUCCAAUCCACCCAAGCCCGACCUUGAAGACUUCAAGGAAUGGCGCCUAUCUCAUCGAGUCCUCGAGUACGAAAAGUACAGGGAGUCGCGAGGACCAUACUGCGAACUCGCGAGCCAGCGACUCCAAGCUGUGGUUGGCCUCCGCAACGAUUACGAGUUCCUCCUUCCCAAGGUCGUCAAUGGGACACCUGAGACGCCAGGGUCCGCUCGUCACGUCUCGGGUCCGGUGAUGACGCCGUCGCUGAGACGGGUGUUGGAUAGUGAAGUUUCGAUGGGUGGGACGUCGAGGAAGCGCGCGAGGACUGCUACACCGAGGUAUCCGCGUCUCUCGGGGUCGUUUGGGAGUCCGGGGAUUGAUAAGGAAAUAUUUGAGGAUGGGUCUAUGCGGAGUCCGGACUUGGAAGGGUUUGAGGUGGAUCGCGAGACGGGGGGUGGGUUGAGGGAUUAUAUGUUGAAUAUGGGUCGGAAGCAUGGGAUGAGGAGGGUGGUUUGUGAUGGGUUUUCGUUCUUUGAUUUUACGCCUUCGAUGAAGGGGGGGCAGGAGAGGAUGCAGUUGUUGAUGCAUUUGAUUAAGCAGGAGGGAUAUCAGGUUGAAGCUUUUGAGAUUGAUAUGUAAGUUCUUCAUUCCCUUCUCAUGUUCCUCAUCCACUUCUCAUGUUCCUCAUCCACUUCUCAAGUUUGAAGUUAUACUAAUGAGAUUAAAGUCCUACUACUUAUACCAACGAUGCCAAUGGAGAGAAGACUACUAUCAACGUCACCUGGAUCUGGUUCUACAUCUCCCACACUCUCAUCGAUAUCCCCUCCAAUGGCGUCCAACCACCACCAACUUUCCCCUCACCUAACCCCAUCUCCUGGGUCUCAUUCGCCCUCCCUCUCACCUACGCAAACAAAUACGACACCGUCAUUGAAUACACACCCGCCGCACCGGACAUCCCCUCCAUCCCAGUCUCCACACACCCCUUCCACCCCCGUCCAGCCGAAGAGCUCACCCACCUCCCCCAAAUACUCCACAAACGCACCGACUACGACAUCUCCUUCUCCGGCACGCCCAUCUUCGAGUUCCCCCAGAAGCCACCCUCCGUGAUGGUAGGAUGGCCAGCCUACCUCCGUCGUCGUCGCGAAGUCUUCCGAGACCAGGAUACAGACUAUGAUUUUCUGAAUCACGGAUUCGCAGGCAAGUUCCUAAAUCUAGGCUAUGUGCGGCCGUGGAGUGAAUGCGGUGGUGGAGAUCCGGACGCGAAUUGGUGGGAGAGGUUUUAUCAUGGGGUUUAUGAGGAUGUGUGGGCGUGGGAGCGGGUUAAGAGGGCGAUGGGGAGGGGGUGUUUGAGGUUGGUUGUUAGGUGGAGUGAGAGUUUGGGGAGGCAGAGACGGGGGGUGAGUGGUGUGGGACUUGGAAUUAGGGGGAUGGGUAUCUCUGAUGAUGAUGAAGAGAAGGAUGAGGAGAUUCUGGAGUUUGAGAGACCGGUUGGGUUUGGUAGAGCGAGAAGCGGGUUGUUGGGUAUGAGGGGGAGGAGUGCGAAGGUUCCUCAGCCGUUGUCUCUGGGAGGAGGUGGUGGGAAUGGGUUUGGGCGUGAACAGUUCAUUUCCAGUGGUACGGGUCUAUCUCACGAUAUGGCUUCUUCUCAUACUAUGCCCUCAUCCGACAACACAUCCUCCUUCCACCCCCUCCCAACAGCCAAUCCAGCACUCAACACAAACCCCCACCCCCUCUCAACAACCACUCCAUCAUUCAACACAAAUCCCUAUCACCAACAAACAGACCUCGACCCCUCAAUAACAAGCCCAAUGGAUUUAUACUUCAGCAACAGCCAACUAGACGGCACAAGCAUUCCUCUCUUCUCCCCCGGUCCUCAAGAACGACAUUCCAUCUUCUCCUCCUGGCCCCGUCGCUUAAGUUUCCCUCACCAAAACCAACACUACAACUAUAAAUACAACGAUAAUACAGAGCAGGAAGAAACCAACCCCUCCCUCGAUCCUAAAGCACCACACAACACACCCACCUACACCUCACCACACCCUACCUACCCUCCUUUCCCUCCUUUCUCUACCUACACAUACACCUACGACCCACAACAUGAAAUACCGAACUCAACAAUCUUCCCCUGCAAAGCCAAAGCCAAGCCCUCGCAUCUUCCUCCCACUACACCACUACCACCAAUUCCAACACACAACAGGCCCCAACACCGAUAUUACAAAUGGCACAUAUCCUCGAGUAUCAAAACGGGCCGGUGAAUCUUCUUAGUACGCCUUGGUUGAGGGAUGAUCCGGAUGUUUUGGAGGUUGAUGGGGAGGGGGAGUUUGUUAUUUUUGAGUCUUCUUCUACUUGUGGUGAUGGUGAUUUGGCUAUUGAUCCUGCACUCGCUAACACUUCUACUACUUUCAAUAAUGAUAGUUAUAACGAUUAUAGGAAUUGGAAUGGGGGAAAUGGUGAUGGGGAUGGAGCUAUGAACUCUCAACCCAUCCUACGCUCCCAAAAUCAAGAGGGGGGUUUAGAGGGAUUUGAUGAGGAGGGGAGUAGGGGUUGGGGCGUGAGGGGGUUUGUUAGCUCGCCUGGUGUUAGUCGAGGCUUAGGGGGGGAGGGUGUUGAGGGGAGUGAGGGGAGUACGGUUUUUGAUGGGGGUGGUUGGUUUGUUGGUAAUUCUGGUAAUGGUGGUAAUGGAGGUAGUAAUGGCAGGGGAAUGGGAGGUAGGAUGGGAGGUAGAGGGGACUUUGAGGGGUUGAGUGAGAAUGAGGAGAAUGAGGAGAAUGAGGAGAAUGAGGGGCCGAUUAUGUAG